AAACUAGGAGAUCUGGAUUUUAGCCCGUUUGAGAACUCAGUCUUCUUUCCAAAAAGGACUGCCCCAUACUACGACAGAAACAACUCCCAGCAUAGGACUUCUUAAUUUUUUGUGCCAUGGACAUUUUUUGGCAGACAGCUAAAGCCUACUGAUCUGUUCUCAAUGUUUUUAUAUCAUAAAAUACAUAGGAUGCCAAGUAAUUUUUAUAGACACUCCACUCUUAAGGUAGUGAAGCGUAAGGGUGGGCUGUGCAUAGUAACUUUCUUCUGGAGAGUGCAGUAAGGAGGGAGAGGGAAAAGAGUAACUUUACCAUGGAGAAACUUGACGAAUACUUCACUUCAGCCAGGUGAUCAAGGUUAACGACAUCGGAAACCUAAAAGAAGAUAGUGAUCUCACACUUGGCUGGCAGCUUUUUAUCUUUCUCUUGACCGUUUAAAACUUCAGGCUUCCUGCCUUCCUGGUGUCAUGGAUAAAGUCCAAUACCUCACUCGCUCUGCUAUAAGAAGAGCUUCAACCAUUGAAAUGCCUCAACACGCACGUCAAAAUCUCCAGAACCUAUUUGUCAAUUUCUGUCUCAUCUUAAUAUGUCUCUUGCUGAUUUGCAUCAUCGUGAUGCUUCUCUGAAGUUCUGCUGCAAUCUCCAGUGCUGCAACUUAUCACCAUCAGCUUAAAAUCUAUCAUCCCAUGAAGAAGGGAAAACAAUACUAUAUAAGAGACCACUUCCUAAGUAGAAGAAUUUCUUUGUGAAAAGGUCAAGAUUUGGAACAAAACAAAUUGUUAGCAAAUGUAUUCAUCUGCUGGAUGUUGUAAACAUAAAAAGGGCUUUAUUUUUAAAAAUUAACUUUAAAAUGACUAUAAUGUAAGUGUGCAUAAUGUAACUGCUAAUUUUCUCAAAAGAGCUUAUAAGUUUCUAUCCCAAAUCUUUCCUAAGGAGGAACUAGGGGUUUAGUUUUGAAACUGCACUGCUAACAAGUUCACUUCAUAUAUAAAGCAGUAGCUUCACUCUUUGGGGGUAAAUAUAAUUUAUACUGUACUGUAAAAGCCUCUUUGAUGUUUAUUAAGUAUUUUUCAGGUCUUCACCAAGUAUAUCAAAAUAAUCAUUCAAAUGAAAUGUCAUCAUUUGAAACAGCCCUCACAUCUGUUAUCUUUACUAUCAUCAUACAGAAGUCUUUGUAGUAAUUCUAUCAGAACCUACAUUCUAAAAUAGAAAUUAUGUUUUUUCUAUACUACCCUAAUAUUUUAAGUUUAUGAGAAUCAAGUUAAAAAAAGCAAGACCAUACCCUUACAUAAGUAAAAUUUAACUAAUUUUUUCAAAGAAUUACAGAAUUUUAGCAUGUGUAGGUAAACUGUAAAUCUGUUCUCUCUAGGACUUUAUGAUCAAUAGACAAGAACUGCUGGUUAAUUUAACAUCUGACAUUGUGAUUAGCCAUAAAUACUAAUACACUAAUAGAACAGAAUCAACCUUAAUUUAAGGCACUAUAGCUAAUUAUCUGAGUUAGAGCACAUAACUGCCACACUGUAUCUCUGGAAUCAUGAAAUUUUAAGACAUUAGAAUGAUUUCACAGGUUGUCUUCUGUUCUAAUCUCACACUCAAUGUAGGCAAGGAAAAGAAUAAAAGAAAAAAUACUAUUUCAAGCAUUAAAAAAUAAAAUUUUUUAACUAUCUCUCCAAAAUUAACAAAUUCUUUGAUUAAAUUUUGAAAUGAACUGUUUAAUCCCACUAUUGUUUAUGAUAGGGCUUAGCUGUUUUCCUUAAUCUAUCACCCAGAUGGUAAAUACAUAUUUGGUAGGCCAUUCAACUACGCUAAAUUAUAGAUCCAGCAAUACUAAUCUACAAUGAUUUUCUUGCUGAAUACAUUUCCAGUUUCCCCUCUAGUCAUUUAAAAAUAUCAAAUAUCUUCCAACAAAUUAAACAAUAGAAGUAAAAACUGGUUUGGAAAAUAUAUUCACCAAAAUUUGGUAAUUUAAAUUGACUCAGUUUAAAAUUAAGUCUAAAAUGGUUUACAACUAUAUUGCACAAUCCGUUAAUUUUAACUUACGUUCAAGACAUACUACUGAUAUAGUAAUUAUUAAAGGAGUAGAAAAUAUGUAAUUUCCUAUACGAUUUGGCAAAAUAUGGUUACUAAAAGAAUUGGAAAAGUCAGUGUUGACCUUGGUUUGUAACACAAGUGCUACUAAGAAAAUAGUGAAGGAAAUAUUGCUUUUAAGUUUUUUCUGAAUCCCUGAGGGGUACUGGAGAUAGGAAGGGGGAUAAUUUUGGUUCACUGAUAUCUGAGAACAGAGGGAAAAGGGGUUUCUUACUAACAGAGGGAUUUCUUCAGUGAAACCUCAUCUAUGGGUUGGAUAUCCCUAACAUCAACUAGAAGAGCUUAUACACAAGAAGUAAUGCAUUCACUUCACUGGUGUCAAUAAUAACCCAUGCAAAAAAUAACCAAGUUCUGUAAUUAGCUGCAAUGAUCUUAAAAAAUAAGUGGAAAUUUUGCAAUAAUAAAUUCUAUCCUUUUCAUUAUGUUGCUCAUUACAACAUCAACUGCAAACCAUAAGCUGUGAGGUUAUGGAGUUUUUCCUAAGUCAAACAGAAAUAAAGAAUUGUUUUGUUUUUCAUUCUGCCUUUAACAGAAAUUAAAACCUUAUACUCGAGGAUUACAGAAUAUUGUACCUUAGAUUAUAUUGUAAAACAAAAACCCAUUCUUUAAAUGCAACUUAUUUAUUCUGUUUAUCAUGAUGUGUAAAGAGUAAGGUAUAAUGAACUAUGUAUUUAAACAUUUUUAAAUACCAAAUGCUCAAAUACUUUCUACUGUAGAAUAAACUCUAAUCUUACUUUACAGGGUACCAAAACUGAACUAAUUCUUAAAUGUUUAAUGUUGUCUUUUUUAUUUUAUCUGGUCCAAAAUGUUUAUUUAAUGCAAAUCACCUAAAUUAAAAUGAACCUUCUUGAACUCAGUGAAA